UGUGUCUUAUUCAUUCUCAUCAUGGACCUCUUUAUAUAGGAGUUUGGUUUACAUCAUGAGGACAUAAAAGAUGAGAAUUCACGUGGAUAGCCACAUAUUUAUAAUAUUUACAACAAAUUUAUCAUUUUAAUUUAGAGAUGUUGGGUUAGGGGUUGAGAUAGAAUUGAGUUAGUGUUUAGCGGAGUUAGUAGGCUGAUAAGAGAUAGUUAAGCUGAGCAGGCAACAAGUGCCAAGUGUCAUCAUUUUAUAGGGAGACAAAGAAGGGGAAAGAGAAAUGGGGACAGAAGAUUUGAAGGGGAUUAAGGUGGCUGCACUACCUUCUUUAUUUGAUUUUAUUCUUGGAGUUGGUGUAUCCAUAUAUUGUUUGGUGGCAAGCAAGCGAAGGAAGAGCAGUGGCGUAAUCGGUAAUAAUGACCUUGACAGACAAGCCUUACCAAAGCAGUUUAGUCCCGAAGAAUUGCAUGCUGCCACCAAUGGCUUCGCACCACAUAGAAGACUAGUCCGAGAAGGGUCUGGACAAGUUUAUAGAGGACUGCUACAAGGUCUAGGCCGUGAAGUAGCUAUCAAGAAAAUCUGGACAGGAACUGAUCAACACUAUGAGGAAACUUUUAUGAAUGAAGUCAAAAUAAUAAGCCGCUUAAUCCAUCGAAAUAUGGUGCAAUUCAUUGGAUGGUGUCAUGAUCAAGAGCGCAACGAGUGCUUGGUUGUUUAUGAAUACAUGCCAAAUGGCAGCCUUGACCAGCAUCUAUUUGGCCGUAGAAACAGCCUGCAAUGGAAUUCAAGGUACAAGGUAGCUUUAGGCUUGGCCAGAGCCCUUCAAUACCUACAUGAAGAUGCAGAGGAUUGUGUCUUUCACAGGGACAUCAAGUCGGCUGACGUGUUGUUGGACAAGGAUUUAAGAACUAAACUUGGUGAUUUUGGGAUUUCUAAGCGAAUGGAUUCCCAGUUCCCAACUCAGACAACAGAAGUUGUUGGUUCCCAACUCAGACAACGUACAGAAGUUGUUGGGACUGUGGAUUACAUAGCCACCGAAUAUGCUAUUGAAGGGAAGGCUAGUAAAGAAUCUGACAUGUCUAGUUUUAAAGUUGUGGCCUUAGAAAUUGCUUGUGGAAGGAAGAGUUACAGUUUCAAUGACAACUUGUCACUUUAUAAGUGGGUUUGGAAAUUGUACCUUGAAGGGCAUCUUCUCGAUGCAGCUGAUGAAAGAUUGGAAACGGAAUUUGAACAAGAAGAAAUGAAAUGCUUGUUAAUUGUGGGAUUAUGGUGUACGCAUCCCCAUAAUAAGGAAAGACCAAACGCAGGACAAGUGAUGAAAGUACUUGAGCUUGAAGAACCAUUGCCCGCACUGCCACUAGACAUGCAUCUUCAACAGUCCCUGCCUUAA